AUGCAAUCCCUGGAUCAAUCCGCAAUGGGUGGCCAGUCUAGCCCGGUCUUUUCGCUAUGUUCCGCCAUCUUCGGCUGGGACGACCCAAGCUUGGGCACUGCUGAAGAUAGGCCCACCCUCUCCCCUCGCCGUGUGAUGAAACUGCUGAUUGGCCGGGUUCUUUAUGCGGAGGGCUCAGCCUUGCCCCCGGUUUUGGGGCGUUGGUCAGGUCCGAAUGAUGGACUUGUGUACGGGUUCUCAUUUGGUGGAUAUAUCGACAAAUGGUGGCUGGGCUUCCGGUCUACGCGCGAAGGUUACUGGGAGGAUCUCACGUCGACCGACCCGACAGGUCUCGAGCCUCGAAAGAAGCGAGAACAAGGUAGCGGAUGGCUGCAGCAUGCAGCUGCACAGGCCGAUUUCAACGGGUUUCAACGGGUUGCACGGUUUCAAUGGUUUCCACUCGCUAUAGCAGCGCAGCGAUAUCAGGAUAUCAGCGAGAAACCCAGUCUAGGCCCGCGUUGA